AUGCCCUUGGUUCGAGCGGAGGCCUUUGAGUUUGUUAAGAAUUGGAAUGAGCACCGAAUUCGCAAGCAAAAGACUCGCCCGCAUGUGACUUCCGGUUUGCCAUGGUUUAUGUACGAAUAUCCCGAGGAACCAGCGGUGGACUGCUCCAGCGUACCGAAUCCUGACCUUGUUGAUACACUUCAUCAAGAAGUGGAAGCAUACGAUCUGGAUGAGUACCUUCCCGCGGUGACACUACAGUGGUGUCAUGAGAAGAUGCGAUCGCUUAGUUUUGACCCGGCAACUUUGACGGCAAAGGAUGUACUUGAGGAGGAGGGAAUGGGAAGACGUGUGCACGGUCACGUUUUUGUCCUUCUCAAGCAGGAGGUCGAACGGCAUCUCGCUGUGGGUAACAACAGUCCAACCCUGACGUUAACGCAGACACCAAAGGGAGCUGGGUCUUGGAAGCCUUCUGAAAAGGCUAUGACAGCCUUUCAUGAGGCUCAGAGGAAUGAGGAGCCAGCGGAGUUCAGGGAUCACAUGGAUAAUGUUCUUGCAGAGUCAGAUGAUGAGAACUAUACGUCUGAGGGUCAGGCAUCGGUCGACGGUGAGGAAGGUUAA